CGCGCACUGCGCUCAUUGCGGGCUGCGGGGCUGUGAGGAGCUGCGGCUGCUCCCGCCGCUCGAGAGGCGGUUUUCUCUCACCUCAGGCUCAGUGCGCCCUUCUCCUUUUGGCUGCGGGGCUGUUGAGUUCUUGAGCGUUGGAGCAAGUUAAAACGCCUAACGCUGCACUCCUGCUUUAUGCUUUCCUGAAGAAAAGGAGUGGUUUUGCGUUCACUUCGAAAGGCCGUUUUUAAAAGCACUGGAAAAAAAAAUUAAAACUGCUGAGUGGUUUCCUUUGGAGCUGUUAGAAUGAACACCAGCAGCCUGACAUCUGAGAUGUCCUCUGUGCAGUUAGCUUUCUGUUUACAGGUGUCUCACUGCUCACCCUUUUGUGAUGUAUUUUGGUCAUUUAAAUACAGACACUGACAAUUCAGUGGAAUCUCAGUGGACAACUCAAAAGUUGAUGGGCCUCUGUUGCAGAUUUUAUUUAUGAACAAUGUAAUUUCUAAGCAGUAUCAUCAAGAAAUUGAAGAUUUUGUUUUUAAUUUAAUUCACAAAUACGAAGAGCAACAGAGAGAUGAGCAGGAAAAAACACACUUCAGUCUUAAGCCUCAGCCCUCCAGUGUUCUUCUAGAAGAGGACUGUAAAACAGCAAGCUUGAAUUCUGUUAAAAAAAUGAAGGAAGCUUUUAGUGUUGUAGGAAGUGUUCUGUAUUUUACCAAUUUUUGUCUUGAUAAACUGGGACAGCCUAUAUUAAAUGAGAAUCCACAGCUGACAGAAGGAUGGGAAAUACCUAAAUAUCAGCAAGUUUUCAGCCAGAUUCUCUCCCUAGAUGGACAAGAAAUACAAGUAAAACCAAAAAGCAGACCAAAAUCGCUCUGUUUCAAUUGUGGCUCUGAAGAGCAUCAGAUAAAGGACUGUCCAAAGCCACGAAAUGCAGCUCGCAUAAGUGAGAAGAGAAAGGAGUUUAUGGAAGCUUGUGGUGAAGCAAGCAAUCAGAAUUUUCAGCAGCGUUACCAUGCAGAGGAAGUAGAAGAGAGGUUUGGAAAAUUUAAACCAGGAGUGAUUAGUGGGGAACUUCAAGAUGCGCUUGGUGUCACAGCUAAGAGUCUUCCUCCAUUUAUAUAUCGCAUGCGUCAGCUUGGUUAUCCUCCAGGCUGGCUCAAAGAGGCUGAAAUGGAGCACUCAGGACUUGCGCUUUAUGAUGGUAAAGAUGAUAAUGAAACAGAAGAUGAAGGAUAUCUUCAACGAAAACAUGUCACUUAUGAUGUCUCUAAGUUGAUUAACUAUCCAGGCUUUAAUAUCUCCACUCCAAGUGGGAUCCCAGAUGAAUGGCAGAUGUUUGGUUCCAUCCCCAUGCAGCCAUCUCAACAGAAGGAUGUUUUUGCUCACUACCUUUCUAAUUUCCAUGCGCCAAGUUCAAAAUCUAGCAAUAAAAGGACUGCACCACAGCCAAGCUCUCAUCAUUCAAAACGACCAAAAGACACCGUGGAGGUUGCAGUAGCUGACAUGGACAUAGAUUCUGAUGUGGAAGUGUCACAAGGAUCUCAAACAACCAACAGUUUUCAGUUCCAACCUCCACUGCCACCUGGACCUCCAGUGAUUUCAACUCCUCCUCCUUUACCACAAGGCACACCUCCACGUACUCCUCAAAGUCUUCCCCCAACUCAACCUUCAACACCCACCCAUCCUCCUCUUCCUAACGCUGUUUCAUCAUUGAAUCCUUCCAUUGAUGUUCCACAGCCAAAAAUAGUGGACUCAACCAUGGAUGAGGAUACCCUGACCUUGGAAGAACUAGAGGAACAGCAGCGAUUAAUUUGGGCAGCAUUAGAGCAAGCAGAAAGCACAAACAGUGACUCUGAUAUCCCUGUUGAUACACCUUUAACUGGAAAUUCUGUUACAUCAUCACCAUCCAGAAACGAAGUAGAUCUUGUUGCAGAAGUAAGAUCAUCUGAUAAGAUGGUAACAUUGGAAACUAGGUUUUCCAGUAUCAGUGAACAGGUACCAGAAAAUGAACAUUCUUUAACUAGUCCUAAUCCAGACAGUAGUUCACCUAAUUUAAAGGAAAAUCCUGAAAAUUCAGAUUCUGAAGGCCUGCUAGAUAACACCGUGCCUGCUCCCAACCAUGAGGUUAACGAUGGAGAAAGUAUAGUUGAUAAUAAAGUGGUGACAAGCAGUGAGUCAUCUGCAAAGAACUCAAAUCCUGUUCCUGAUAUGAGUAAGUUUGCUGUAGGUAUAGCACCUUUUGAAUUUGAAAACAUGACAGAAUCAACAGGCACUUACCUUCGAAUAAGAAGUGUGCUAAAGAAUUCCCCAAGAAACCAGCAAAAGAAAAAGACUUGACUUUUUAACUGGUCUUCCUUUGUUUCUUUAUGUUCAAAUUCCUGCACCCUCCUCUCUCCUUCAGUUUUACAAACUCAGAUAACGUUCCUCAUCCUUUUGUGGGAAGGAAAAAAUCUGUAAAGAUUACCCUGUUCUUCCUCAAAACUGAAGUUACUGCAGGGCUUCCACCUUGACCGGAAUCAAUCCAGCCAGAAAAUACAGAAGAAUUUUCCCAAAUUGCAUCCUUCCACUAUGGAGUGCCAGGACUGUUUAUUUACAUUGGCAAGUAAAUUGUUCUUCACUCUAAAAAAGAGAGACUUGUCUUAUUGCUCAUUGCUUUGGCUAAGAGUUGCGUUGUCCUUGAAUUUCAGGUGGAUUGGUGAUUUUUUUUUUUAAUAUCCUUUGUACAAUAAUGGAUACUUUAUAGAUUUUGCUAAUUAUCCUGUAGAUAAGUUUAAUAUAUUCAGAAUGUUUUUUAAAAGAUCUAAAAUUAAGGCUUCCCAUGUCAAAGUAUUGGAAAUUGGAUGAAAAUGACCGGGGAUUACCAGCAUUAUCGUCACCUCUUCAAGUAUUUUUAUAAACUUUUAUUUAUGUGGGUUAGUUUUAAUUACCACUGUAUCUUUUGUAACAUCGUUCUUCAUGUAAACUUGCUGUACAUAUGUGUUCAUUUUUAUGUACAGAGGUUUAAUAAAUGAGUUUUUAUAAA